CUCGGCAAGUUGUGGCAUCUGUGGCAUACCGAAAGUACUUGCCACAGAUACCACAGAGUAGCGGCCUCUGUGGCAGUUGCCGGAAGUACUUGCCACUGCCUGCAGAUGCAACGAAAUGCGCUUGCUGCCUCUGCGUGGUUCUGACUGCAAGAUCCCACCGGCUGUAAACGAACCCGGCUACAGGAAGGAGAAACCGUGAAUGGAAUAUGGAGUGUAUUCCAGUGGCUAUUGAUGAUCUUGAGGGCAAAAAGGACCCUGCCAUAGAAGACCCAGAGCACAAUGUGUACACCAGGUUUAUGAAGUCCCAUCGGUGUUAUGACCUCGUACCUACCAGCUCCAAACUUGUUGUGUUCGAUACAUCACUUCAGGUGAAGAAAGCCUUUUUUGCCCUUGUUUCUAAUGGGGUAAGAGCAGCGCCUCUGUGGGACAGCAAGAAGCAGUGCUUCGUCGGUAUGUUGACCAUCACAGACUUUAUUAACAUCCUUCAUCGCUACUACAAAUCUCCAUUGGUCCAGAUAUACGAGUUGGAAGAACACAAAAUUGAAACGUGGCGAGAGUUGUACCUGCAAGACUCUUUUAAACCCUUGGUUAGCAUUUCUCCCAAUGCGAGUUUGUAUGAUGCAGUAUCAUCCCUGCUGAAGAAUAAGAUCCACAGACUGCCUGUCAUCGACCCCCUGACCGGGAACACACUCUAUAUUCUCACUCACAAGAGGAUUCUCAAGUUCCUGAAGCUUUUUAUAUCAGAGAUGCCAAAACCCUCUUUCCUGGGACAAACCUUAGAGGACCUGAACAUCGGAACGUUCAAAAACAUAGCAGUGGUCCGCACAGACACACCGCUGUACACGGCGCUGGGUAUUUUUGUUGAACAGCGAGUGUCGGCGCUCCCCGUCGUGGAUGAAAAAGGUCAUGUGGUGGAUAUAUACUCAAAAUUUGAUGUUAUAAAUCUGGCAGCAGAGAAGACGUACAACAACCUGGACCUGACGGUGACAAAAGCCUUGCAGCACCGUUCUCAGUACUUUGAAGGAGUGCUGACCUGCAACAGGCACGAGACCCUGGAGGCCAUCAUCAACAGACUGGUGGAGGCCGAGGUGCACAGACUGGUGGUGGUGGACGAGCAGGAAGUGGUGAAGGGAAUAGUCUCCCUUUCAGAUAUUCUCCAGGCAUUAGUCCUAACCGAUGGGGAAGAGUGCACAGCUUGAGGAUGUUUCUGAAACAAGAAAGGCUACACAAUUUUAAGAGAAGGUCAGAGCAACAGGCAUGUGUAUAUUGAAGUACCAUCACCUAUCUCCUGUCCACAGACUUCCUAUAUUAACACGUGAAUACUUCGCCUUCUCUGCUAAAAUAUAAAGCUUUAGCAACACAGCAAAACAAAAUGGUAGUAGCAUAAGGCAUACAGAAGCUCAAAUUCCAAGCAAGGAGAGAUGUGAAGACCUCUGGAUGAGGAGCCGUCUUCUCUGAGCAGGCAUCAUUCCCACCGCUGUGCUCCAUGAUCUUAAGCCAGUCAUUAUGACUCUUAUCACAAAUUCCUUCACAUCAGUUUAAAUUAUGUAAUCGAUCACUAGCUAAAUAAAAA